AUGGACAUUGACUACACGACAAAGCCGAAUCUCACUGAACUAGAAGCAUCGGUGCUCAUAGAGUAUCAAAAUAUCAAUGACACAUUGAUUCAACUAAAUCAAAGGCUAAAAAGUCUCACAAAUAAAGAUGAGGUGGACGGGGGUGAAAGUAUCAGACUGGUUGAAACAUUGAGACAAAUGGAAACAAAGCUACUGCUCAUAUACACCUUCUUUAGAGGUGCUGUUUAUACACUAUAUGCUGAUGUGGGUGAAGGCAUGGAAGAGGAUGGUGACACCCAGGUGGAAAGUGAAGAAGAAGUGGGCGACGAUAAUGAUGCAGAGGAGUACGGCAAGGGUGCAAACGAACUACUGAGUAUUUCUGAUACUUGA